UCUCUCUCAUUCUUGGACUGAAGAAGGUCAAGGUUAUUUCUGUAGAGGACCUUUUCGAGUUUAGAAGAAGCAAUGGCUUCUGGAGCAACCAAAGUAAUGGCAUUCACCCUCCUAAUCCUCAAUCUUCUGAUGUAUGUAAUCGUCACCAUCAUCGCUGGAUGGGCCAUCAACUAUGGGAUUGAGCAUACUCCUACAACAGUACCAAUCCCAGCCCACAUAUUUCCAAUAUAUUUUCCAAUUGGAAACAUGGCAACUGGAUUCUUCGUCAUUGUUUCCCUCAUCGCUGGACUUGUGGGCAUUGCCACCUCAGUCUCUGGGAUUGGUAAUGUCCUUCAAUGGAAUUUGUCCAACUUACUCUCAUCUGCAUCCUCUUCUAUCUUGACGUGGUCUCUCACUCUUCUAGCUAUGGGAUUGGCAUGCAAAGAGAUUAAUAUAGGCUGGAGAGACGCGAACCUACGCACAAUGGAGGUGUUAACCAUUAUUCUGAGUGGGACACAAUUGUUUUACAUGGGCACCAUCCACGCUGGGCUCACCAAUGUGAUUGGCCUGCAAAGAAGUGGAGGAACAGUUUGAGAUCGUAAUUGCAAAUGCUACUAUCCAGCUGUUUCUGAUUCUAUCAAUUACAUUACAUUUACACCCUUGGAUUCCGUUUGGAGUGUUUUUGUUUUUCUUAUUYCCUGUUUCUGGUUCUUUAACCUCUUUGAGAUCAAAGAUAAGAUAACAUGAAUUAUCAUUUGUCGAUGCUUCCAUGUAUUUGAUUUUUAUGGAUGUGAUUUGGAUUGAC